UGCAAGAGACAGUGACAUGGCGUCCCGUGCCAAUCGCCACUGCCUGAAUCGUCGUGAGUCACUAACCCCAGGCACCAUUCAUUGCCGCGAGCGGGCGGGCGGAGGCAGCGGCGGCAAGGUCAAAUCAGGUCCGCCAACGACGCGAGACGAAACGACUCUCCGGCGGCCGGCUGCGCUGGUGGCUCGUGCGUUUCUUGAUAUCUUCCGCGGUUGGUCAAUUCGUCCUUUGAACCACCUUGCGCGACUCUCACUCCGAGACGGCCAGCUUUAAGCAGGCGCAGAGAGGUACAGACAUCAUUCAGCGGAUCGAUCGCCUGGCAAGGCUGAUCCGAGAUGGCAAGCGUCCCGCUCCUCUUCUCUCUCCUCCUCUUGCCCAUAUCGUCCUUCUUCCUGUGGCUCCCCUGGUCCACACACGUCGCCUUCUUCCAUCCACCUGAGCCAUCCUCGUUUGCCUCGUCCGCAUCUUCACACCUCAAUCUCGACUCUUGCCGACCUCUCCCUUCGGGGCCGGAAUGGUGCGCCGAACCAGUCAUCCACAGUGCAUCGCGCCUGGCCUACUUCCACUGCGAUGACUCGCGGCCUUGGUGGGACCCACCGAGCCAGACGUGGGAAGCGCUACCGCAGGGCAAGAAGGGAGGAUCAAUUUGGGUUUGGGAUCUCAAGGACUCGACAAGUCAGCCAAAGCAGCUCGAGCUUCACCAACCCACUUCUCGUCAAGGAGAGGUGAUCCAUCCUCUCUCCCUCUCCGUCGUCUCAUCAAAGAACGAUCCAGCAACAAACGUGCUGCUCGUCUCGAAUCAUCCCCAUGCCCGCUCAGCGGGAGUGGUAGACGUGUACCGUCACGAUGUAAACUUGUACCAUGCGGUACAGUACGACCGAAUCUCUGGUCAUGCGCUCAAGUCAAUGAAUCCAUACCGAAUCGACGCGGUGAGGGAGCAAUGGAGCUUGCCGGUGGAGGCGCCCAAGGAUGUACGUGGAGAGGUAGCGAGCGACGAUGAGCCCGCACCGUUGCCGCUGGGGCCGAUGGAGGUGCCCAGCUUCAUCUUUACAAGCUUGGCCACGCCCGAAUGCGUAGCGGCAGGGCCUGAGGAGGAAGAGAAGGAACGAGGAGGCAAGAUAUCUUCAGCCGCGCCAGCUUGCCCACGGCGUCCCGGUCGCAGUACCUCUCCUUCGCUGCCUCAAUACCUCCUGGACGUCCUGCCGCUCCCAUCCUUCAUCCGUUCCUCUUCCCCCUAUUCCCCAAGCCCACCUCGCACCAUCAGCCAAUACGUCGCCCUCUCCCAUUCGACGCGCCCGAUAUUUGACACGCUGGCCUCGCACCCGUCUGCUCCACCCCUCCUCCGAGCCUGGGACGGCGGAGGUGUUGCAGGCGGGAGCAACACGUCACUGCCUCACAUCUACGUCGGGGUCAACUCAGCAAAGAUGGCCCUUCUCGAACAAUGGGACCAACAUUGGGUCAAAGGCCCAGCGGCAGGGGCUGAGCUAAUCCCGGAUGGUAGGACGUACAGGGAUGUCCUGGCCAGGUGGGGCAGCUUUGUAACUUUUUGGAGCGCGCCAUUGCGUGGUUCUGGAGGUGAAGAAGAUGGGGCUUCGGCGGGAGCACCCGUACUCGGGAUGGAUGUGGACUCGUUUGGGAGAGUGUGGACUGUUGGCCCAUUGAGCAUGGGGAGAGUAGUGAAGAGGAUCGAGGAGCUCAGAAGGCGCCGUGGAGUCGAAGAGGAGGACAAGGACGAUGCAGAGCUGAGCCCAUCACCAGGCGCCCUAGUCCGUCAGACGACGUACGUUCACCGACUAGGCGCGGCUAUCGGCCAUCCGUGGGAGGUAGAGCGUCUCGCCCGAGCCAAGAAGAGGGGCAUCUGGCUGCCCAAACAGUUCUUCAGCACCGUCGUGUACAGGCUUGGCCUCACUUCACCAGCUGCUAGCGCAGGCUACCUCCCUGGAGCACCGACGGGCGUAGCGGUCGAUGAGGAAGGGAGGAGGGUGAUCAUCACCUCGAGCUGGGAGAGACGGGGAGCAGUCUGUGAGUUCAAAGAGGGCUGGGUCGAGGAGCAAGGAGAGUGACGAGCGAAAGCGUGAAAUUGUCCAUAUAUUUGUCUUUUCGGGCUCGAAUGAUCAUGAUCUUGGUGAGUCUACUAGGUGAGGAGAGGCGAGGACAGGAGAGCGUGAAGGUGGGAGCGAGGACUCGAAGGAUUGGUGAGAUGUACAAUGUGGGUCGGAUGUGAGAGUAGAGUCGUUACAUUGAGGUCGAGGGUAGUGUAUCUCGGUUGUAUGCCGCCGCGACGACGGUAUGUACAGUGGUGUGAGGGACCAGGUCAAAGAG